AAUGACGUCACGAGGGAAAUCCGCCAUUUUUGUUUUCAUGGGCCGAGAGAGUAGGGUGGGACAAGUUGGGAGAAGGAGGACACAGAAGAGAGACAAGCGACUGGAAGACUAAAGAAGGAAGACACGACUUAAGGGCUGCCAUCUAAGAACAGGGGCAAGAACUAUCUACAUUUUCUAUUUUGAGGUGAAGACGUAAGACAGAGACCAAGAUGGCGUCCCUCUCGCUGAAGAUCUCGGUGAAGCACGCCAACGUGGUGAAGACUAUGCAAUUCGAGCCCUCCACCAUCGUGUACGAUGCCUGCCGCAUGAUUCGGGAGAGGAUACCCGAGGCACAGAUGGGGAAUGCCACAGAGUUUGGAAUGUUCCUGGCAGAUGAGGACCCUAAGAAGGGGGUGUGGCUGGAGGCGGGGCGCACACUGGACUACUACCUGCUCAGGAGCGGGGAUCUGUUGGAGUACAAGAAGAUACACAGGCCACUGAAAGUCAGAAUGUUGGAUGGAACAGUCUAUACAGUCAUGGUUGACGACAGCCACACAGUUGCCCAGUUACUGGUCACCAUCUGCACACGCAUCGGCAUCACAAACCAUGACGAGUACUCCCUGGUGCGAGAGGGGGAGAAGAUUCGCGAGGCGGCCGAGCCCCCCACCCCCGUCAAGAAGAAUUACUACGGUACGAUGACGAGAACGAUGACACGGCUCAGUUUGGACCGAACACUGAUGAGAGAUGAGAAGAAGAUGGAAGCACUGAAGAAGAAACUUCACACAGACGACGAGCUGAACUGGCUUGACCACGGGCGGACCCUGAGAGAACAGGGCAUAGACGACACAGAAACUCUCCUGCUGAGGAGAAAGUUCUUCUACUCGGACCAGAACGUGGACUCCAGGGACCCCGUACAGCUCAACCUGCUCUAUGUACAGGCGCGAGAUGGUAUCCUGAACGGGACCCACCCGGUAACGGUUGACGAGGCGAUGAUGUUCGCAGCGUACCAGACACAGAUCCAGUUUGGAGAUCACAUCGAGACAAAGCACAAAUCAGGAUUCCUGGACCUUAAAGAGUUCCUACCCAAGGAGUACGUUAAGAACAAGGGUAUAGAGAAAAAGAUCUGGUUGGAGCACAGAAAGCUGGCUGGACUGUCAGAGCUGGACGCCAAGGUCAGGUACACCCAGCAGUGCCGAUCUCUCAAGACAUACGGAGUCACCUUCUUCCUUGUCAAGGAAAAGAUGAAAGGAAAGAACAAGUUGGUACCGCGGCUGCUGGGCAUCACGAAGGACUCAGUGAUGAGGGUGGAUGAGAAGACGAAGGAGAUCCUGAAGGUGUGGCCCCUCACCACCGUCAGAAGGUGGGCUGCCUCCCCCAAGAGCUUCACACUGGACUUUGGUGACUACUCAGAGUCGUACUACUCAGUCCAGACCACAGAGGGAGAAACCAUCUCUCAGCUCAUCGCUGGGUACAUUGACAUCAUCCUCAGAAAGAAAAAGGGGAAGGACCGGUUUGGACUGGAUGGAGAGGAAGAGUCCACCAUGUUGGAGGACAGUGUGUCACCCGCAAGGGCGACCAUCAUGCAACACCAGGAGAACAAGGUCGGACACGUGAACGAAGGCUCAGUCGCCAUUCCCGCGGUCAUGCGUGCACAUGAUGGGGCUGAGUCGUACUCGACGGGUACGAUGCCACGGGCCGAGUACGCCACCAUCCGCGGGCAGAUCCAUUCCGCUCACAUGCCGCCUAUUAACACACAAGCCCAGCAGGCCUUGAUGGGGAACAUCAGUUCUGGGUUCAACUCGAUCAGCGCUGCACAAGCCGAGCUGGGGUCCAGGGCAGAGCUGCCGCCACUGGGGUCUGAUCCGGCCUCCUUGAAGUGGAAGCAGAACACUUUGGACGUCUCCAAACAGAACGUUACAUCCCAGCUCGCCGCCAUGUCCGCCGCCACAGCCUCCGUCGUUACGCUCACAUCAGGUGAGCCUGAGCAGACGGACUACACCGCGGUCGGGUCAGCCGUUACCACCAUCUCUUCCAACCUCACGGAGAUGUCAAAGGGCAUCAAGAUGGUGGCCGCGCUGCUUGAGGACUACGGACAGGGCGAACGGUUGUUGGACGCCGCGAGAAACCUCGCCGGAGCGUUCUCAGACCUGCUCAGCGCUGCGAAACCCGGCUCGACGGAGCCCCGCCAAAACCUGCUGACGGCCGCUGGAAACAUCGGAGAACAUGGACGGGAGGUUCUACACGAGAUGGGAGAGGUCGAUACUGACCCACGCUUCCAGGAUGCCCUUAUGGCGCUGGCAAAGGCCGUGGCGAACGCGACCGCCACGCUCGUGCUGAAGGCGAAGAACGUGGCCAGCAAGGCAGAGGAUCCCGCCAUGCAGAACAAGGUCAUCGCCUCGGCAACACAGACAGCGCUGUCCACCUCACAGCUGGUUGCCUGCACUAAGGUGGUAGCACCCACGAUAAGCCACCCAGCGUGCCAGGAACAGCUGAUAGACGCAGCGAAGCUUGUGGCUAAGUCCGUAGAGAAAACGGUGGACUCGGCGCAGAUGGCCACACAGGAGGAGUUCCUCCUGAAGGACCUGGGUGCUGCGGCGACACAGGUCACCCAGGCACUGAACGACCUGCUGCAGCACAUCAAACAGGCAUCCAAGGUUUGUAUGGGGGAGGAGGGCAGGUAUGAGGAUCACUGUGACACCAUCAUCUCUGCCUCUGACAGACUCUUCGCUUCCAUGGGCAACGCUUCCGACAUGAUCAAACAGGCCAAGAUACUAGCAGAAGCGACGUCACAUUUAGUGAACUCGAUAAAAACCAGCGCUGACACGACAGACGACACCGACUCACAGAAGAGGCUUCUGGGAGCUGCCAAAGUUCUGGCUGAUGCCACAGCUAGGAUGGUGGAGGCUGCCAAGGGCUGUGCUGUAAACCCACACGACUCAGACGAACAGGAGAACCUACGCAAGGCGGCGGAGGACCUGAGAGCAGCCACAAACGCUGCAGCCGGCAACGCCAUUAAGAAAAAACUAGUCAGCAAACUGGAGAACGCUGCCAAACACGCCGCUGCCGUGGCAACACAGACGAUCGCAGCGUCGCAGGCCGCGGCGAGUUCCAACAAGAACCCGUCAUCACAACAGCAGUUGGUCUCAUCCUGCAAGCAUGUUGCGGACCACAUCCCGAGGCUGGUACAGGGCGUGCGAGGAAGCCGCGCCCAACCGGACAGCCCCAGCGCCCAGCUACUCCUCAUCAAUGCCUCACAGGAGUUUAUUUCACCGGCCAAUAACAUGAACUCUGCGGCGAAGGCUGCCGUACCGACCGUAUCGGACCAGGCUGCGUCCAUGCAGCUGAGCAACUGCUCCAAACAGUUGGCACAGGCUCUGGCCGAGCUGCGGUCCUCUGCACAGAAGGCACAGGAUGCAUGCGGUCCCCUGGAGAUUGACAGCGCACUGGACACAAUCCGCCAGCUGGACUCAGACCUGGUGGAGAUAAAGAAGAGUGCAGCAGAGGGACAACUGGUCCCGCUUCCAGACGAGUCGGGCGAGCAGUGUGCACAGGAGCUCGGCCACACGUCCAAGACUGUCGGCGCUUCCAUGGCUCAGCUACUAACCGCUGCCGCACAGGGCAAUGAGAACUACACUGGCCUGGCGGCGAGGGAUACAGCGAACGCUCUCCGCACACUGACCGGCGCUGUACGAGGGGUUGCCGCGGCAACCUCCGACAGACAGGCUCAGGACCACCUGAUUGACACCGCCCGUGAUGUAAUGGACAAGUCCAUUAACCUCAUCGAGGAGGCGAAGAAGGCUGUUAACGAUCCGAACAAUCCAGACAACCAGCAGCGCCUGGCUCAGGUUGCCAAAGCCGUGUCGCAUGCGCUGAACAACUGCGUGAACUGCCUACCAGGACAGCGUGACGUAGACUUCGCAAUCCGGAACAUUGGAGAGGCCAGUAAAGCUCUGCUGUCAGGACAGCUCCAGAAGGGCGAUGUCAGUUUCCAGGAGGUGCAGACGAUGCUCAGCACGGCGGCGCAGGAGCUCAACAUGGCGUCCAGCGAGCUGGUGGUGGCCUCGAAGGGAACCCACGAGCAGCUGGCCCAGGCCUCGGGCAAGUUCAGCAAGGAUUUCAGUCUGCUGCUGGAGGCAGGGAUGCAGAUGGCAGCACAGACAUCGGAUGAGGAGCAGCAGUCGUUGAUGGUCAGUAACCUGAAGAGCAUCUCCAUGUCGUCCAGUAAACUCCUGUUGGCGGCCAAGUCUCUCUCAGCCGACCCCAACGCUCCCAACGCUAAGAACCAGCUGGCUUCAGCUGCAAGGUCGGUGACUGACAGCAUCAACCAGCUGAUCAACAUCUGCAUGCAGACUGCACCAGGACAGAAGGAGUGUGACAAUGCCUUGAGGAACAUUGAGGUGAUGCGCAGCAUGCUGGACAACCCCAUGGAGCCUGUCAAUGAUCUGACAUACUUUGACUGCCUGGAGACAGUCAUGGACAAGUCUAAGACGCUGGGAGAGUCGAUGAGCUCUAUUACCCAGCAUGCCAAGAACAGUGAGCACGAAGAGUUCGGCUCAGCCGUCACAAGAGCAUCCACGGCAGUCUGCGGGCUCACAGAGGCGGCUGCUCAGACCGCGUACCUUGUGGGCAUUGCGGACCCGUCAAGCCAGGCCGGGCGGCAGGGGCUGGUGGACCAGUCUCAGUUUGCGCGGGCCAACCAGGCCAUCCAGAUGGCGUGUCAGCAGCUACUGGACCCGACAACGUCUCAGGCUCAGGUUCUGUCUGCUGCCACGGUGAUCGCCAAGCACACGUCCUCGCUCUGCAACAUGUGCCGCGUCGCCUCCACCAAGACUUCCAACCCUGUUGCUAAGCGACACUUCGUCCAAUCAGCAAAGGAGGUGGCCAACAGCACAGCCAACCUGGUCAAGAGUAUAAAGGCGCUAGAUGGAAACUUCACCGAGCAGAACCGUCAGCAGGUAGCGGAGGCGAGCAGGCCGCUGAUGGAGGCAGUGGAGAACCUGACAACGUUCGCUUCAAACCCAGAGUUCGCCAGCGUGCCUGCACAGAUCAGCAUAGAGGCACGGAAGGCGCAGGAACCAAUCGUCAUCGCUGGUAGAACCAUCAUCGACAGCACCAGCUCCCUGAUCACCACAGCCAAGCUGCUGGCCGUGAACCCGAAGGACCCUCCGACCUGGCAGCUCCUCGCCGGGCACUCCAAAACUGUCUCUGACUCCAUCAAGAGGCUCAUUGCCUCCAUCAGGGACAAGGCGCCAGGCCAGCGCGAGUGUGACCGGGGUAUCGAGGUGAUUAACCAGUGUAUCCGUGAUGUGGACCAGGCUUCGCUGUCUGCCGUCACACAGAAACUGGAACCCAGGAACGAAGGAACUACACAGAUUUUCCAGGAACAGAUGAACAACGCUGCCCACGAGAUCGGCAAGAACGUCGACGGGGUUGCGUCCGCCGCUAAGGAGAAGGCAGAGAAGCUGGGACACCAGGUGACGCAGCUGUCAUCGUAUUUCGACCCUCUUGCGUCGGCCGCGAUCAACCUCGCCUCUAAGACAAUGAACUCCCAGAAGCAGGAGAACAUCCUGGAGCAGACCAAGACUGUCGCUGAGUCGGCGCUACAGCUGGUCUACACUUCCAAGGAGGGAGGCGGAAACCCCAAGGUAGCGACCCAUGCCCACGCUGCUAUCGAUGAGGCAGCGGAGGGGAUGAAGGAAGCCGUGGACGAUCUGCUUAAGACCCUGGACGAGUCCGCGAGCGAAACCGGCGCCGUCUUUGGCAUGGUGGAUGGAAUCACUAAGGCCAUGAGUGAUAUGGUAGACGGUAGACUGGAGGACAAGCCUGCGGGAUCGUUUGUGGACUAUCAGACCAAGAUGGUGAAGAUUGCCAAACAGCUCGCAAGGACAUCACACGAUAUGGUUGGUAAAGCGUCGUCGUCACCGGACGAGCUGGGCCCACAGGCCAACGCCCUGUCACAUGACUUCUCCGAGCUCGCUGCGCAGAGCAAGGGUGCCAUGGCAACCAUCAACAGCCCUGAGCUUUCGGACAGAAUCCGUAACUCGGUACAGGACCUGGGGAACUCGUGUGUGGACGUGGUGAACAACGCCGGCGCCAUCCAGAGCAACCCCUCCGACACAUAUGCUAAGAAGGACCUCAUCGAAAACUCAAGAGCUGUCUCCGAAAAGGUAUCGUUCGUGCUGGCGUCGCUCCAGGCGGGUUCCCGCGGCACGCAGGCCUGCAUCAACGCGGCUAGCACGGUCAGCGGCAUCAUCGGAGACCUGGACACCACCAUCAUGUUUGCGUCUGCGGGCACGCUCAGUCCAGAGAUGGAGGAUGAGGCUUUCGCCGAUCACAGAGAGAACAUUUUGAAGACAGCGAAGGCCCUUGUGGAGGACACGAAGACGCUUGUGUCAGGUGCUGCGUCGAGUCAGGAGCACCUGGCUGCAGCUGCGCAGUCGGCUGUGGACACCAUCACCAAACUGGCCGAUGCCGUCAAGUCAGGUGCUGCCAGUCUGGGACCACAGGAUGCAGAGGCACAGGUCUUGUUGAUAAACGCUGUGAAAGACGUGGCUGUGGCUCUUGGAGAACUGAUCGAGGCGACCAAGAACGCUUCGGGCAAGCCUGUCCAGGACCCAUCCAUGGUGCAGCUGAAGAACUCUGCCAAGGUGAUGGUGACCAACGUGACUUCCCUGCUGAAGACCGUGAAGACGGUAGAGGACGAGGCGGCGCGGGGAACACGAGCUCUGGAGGCCACCAUCGAGGCCAUCAAGCAGGAGAUGAGGAUCCUGAGCUCUAUGGACCCCCCUGAGAAGAGGCUCCCUCCUGAGGACCUGAUCAGGAGCACCAAGCCCGUCACCCUCCUCACUGCCAAGGCCGUUGCCGCGGGAACCAGCUGUCGCCAGGACGACAUCAUCGCAGUGGCCAACAUGUCCAGGAAGUCUGUUGGAGACCUCAUUGUUACAUGCAAGGCCUCAGCGUUUGGCGCGGAGUCGCGAGAGACGACGGAGAGAGCGAUGGAAGUGGGCAGGAACACGGUGUCCAUGUACGUGGAGCUGCUGAUGCAUGUCCUCUCGAUCCUCCAGAAGCCCACACAUGAAGGGAAACAGAAGCUGGCACAUUUCUCCAAAAGGGUGGCGACGGCUGUGGCAGAACUGGUACAGACAGCGGAGGCCAUCAAAGGAUCUGAAUGGGUUGAUCCGGAGGACCCCACGGUUGUGGCUGAGAACGAGCUGCUGGGAGCGGCCUCCGCCAUCGAGGCGGCCGCCAAGAAACUAUCGGAGCUGAAACCUCGACCCAAGGCCAAGGAGGUUGACGAGACCUUGAACUUCGAGGAACAGAUCCUGGAGGCCGCCAAGUCCAUCGCCGCAGCAACCAGCGCGCUGGUGAAGGCUGCGUCCACGGCCCAGCGGGAGCUGGUGGCGCAGGGGAAGGUGGGAGCCUCCCGCGCUAUGGCGUACGAUGACGGGCAGUGGUCACAGGGACUCAUCUCCGCGGCGCGUAUGGUUGCCGCGGCGACCGGGAGCCUGUGCGAGGCAGCCAAUGAGAUGGUGCAGGGGCUGGCGAGCGAGGAGAAGCUCAUCUCCUCCGCCAAACAGGUGGCAGCCUCCACCGCACAGCUGCUCGUGGCCUGUAAGGUCAAGGCUGACCCUGACAGCGAGGCCAUGAGGAGACUACAGCAAGCAGGAAACCGUGUUAAGCACGCGUCAGAAGAGCUGGUGAAGGCUGCCCAGCAGGCUGCUGCCAUCGAGGAGGAGGAGCGCAACAUCGAGCUGAGCAAGAGGCGGGUCCCCACCAUCGCCAUGGAGAUCCAGGCACAGGAGGAGAUUUUAAGAAAAGAGCGAGAGUUAGAAGAAGCCAGGAAGAACCUGUACAAAAUACGGCAAGCGAAGUACAAGAACAGGCCUCAACAAGACCAGGACUCUGACGACUAAGCUCACACCCCUCCCUGGGGAGUGAGCCAGUCCACUGCUUGGAUUGUUUGUAUAGGUUGGACUGUUCCACUCGAUAUCUAUAGGGAAGGAUGCAAACUUUUUAGAUUUCAUAUUAAGUGCUCUUACAACUAUGUACGCAAAGGAGUUUUUUCCCUCUCCAUGUAUAUGCCUAGAUAUAAAUACUAGUCAGCCGUUAACUUGUUAAGUAUGAACCAUAUAUAACGUUCACUGGAACCCUGUAUACGACUACAUGUAGGCCUGAUGCCAUAAUAAUGCCUUUCACGUGCUGCUGUCUACUGGUACUUACCUAAGAACUAUGCUGUGUAGUAUACUUACAUGUAGUACAUGUAUCAGGCCUUCUGGGAGAAAUUACAGAACAUUAAGUUUAAGGUAUAAAACUGGAAUAGAUAUUCACCCAUUUACUAUACAUGGAAACACUAUGUAUUGGUGGUUGCAGUUAAAGUUACAUGUAAAUUGUGUUCCAACACAAGAAGGAAAAAAACAAGUAUUCAGCCUUUGUCGGUUUUGAAUGACCGGUAACAUAGGUCAUGUGACCUAACAGAUGUGUUUCUACAGCCUUUGUCAAGUUGGACUGGCCUGUAACUAUGGUCAUGUGACCUAGAAGAUGCGAUUUCACAACUACUUUGGAGACUAUCAUUUGUAUUUUUUUUUUCUGUGUUGUGUUUGAACGUAGUUUAACUAUAGACAAGAAGACAUUAUUGCACAGCAAUGACAUAUUCAGAAGCAAGCUGGGCAGUGAAAGUUCAGCCCUUCAGCAAAUCAUGGCAGAAAGCAAAAGUGAAAAGGGCUCUAGCUUAAAACUACUUAACAACUUAGCAGUAAGUUUUUUUGUUUCCUUAGUGGUUAGAAGAAGAAAAUUAGAAAAAAAUAUGAUUUGAUACGGCGAGAAAGAUACGGACAAGGCAAUAUGUGUUCUCUUAUAAUAGAUACAUAUCAUUUUGGUAGGGGGUUGGUAAGGUUGUGGAUUUGAUACCACUAGAUCUGGGGUGGGGGGACGGUGUGCCAAUGUCACUGGUGUCAUAGUAGGGUGAUAACAGACAAUAUCACAUGGGGUUGAUAAAAGUGAUAUCAUAUAAGACAGGGAUGAUUUAUCAUGCUGAUAUGGAGCAGAUAUAUAAAACAUGCUGGUAUCGUAAAGAUAUCAAUUUAUCCCUUACAGAUACAGGUCUGUAUCGCCUGUAAUAUGGUCUGAUAUCGUCUAUACCAACCUGUGAUAUUGUCAACUAGAGUUAUAUUAUCAGCUGAUAUGCCUUCCAUACUGAUAUAUUUACCACCAUAACCAUGAUAUGAAUUCUUCAAUGAAUGUAAAACAAGCAGCUUUUAAAAGGUGAUACUGUUGCUAUGUGUUAACCCUUCCCAAGCUAAGGGUGGAUUCAAGCACCAAUUUUGUAUUGCAGUUUGCAUGGAAAGGGUGAAACUUGAAUUUCUGUUAGAAAAAAAGGUGAUUGGUUAAGCCUUACUGCACAAAUGUAUCAGAUUACCCUAGUACUGUAGGCUGAUUGGUCAGUGACUGUACAGAUGUAUUAGAUUACACCAGUACUGUAUGCUGAUUGGUCAGUGCCUACACAGAUGUAUUAGGUUGCACAAUUAAUGUAUGCUGAUUGGGCAGUUGCUGCAUAGACUAUCAGGCUACACCAGUUCUGUGUGCUGAUUGGACAGUGACUGCUUAGAUGUAUCAGGUUACAAAAAUGAUGGAUGCCAAUUGGUCAGCCAGCCUAUCAAUCUUAUUGAAUCAGCAACUGAAUAAUGUGCCAUGUUUACAUCUCUUCAAGCCAAGAUGCAUUUUUUUUCAUACAGAUACGGCGAAUGUAAGGAAUAGCUAGUUAUUCCGUC